AUGCUCAGGAAAAUCCUUUUCUCCUUAUCCUGUGUGAUGCUUUCACAACUGAGUGUAUCUGCCAACUACAAAGAAUGCUUCAUGGUAACCGGCGACGAAGAAGUUCUGUCCUACUGUAAAAACGAAUCUGAUUGCUAUUUUAAAAAUGUUGAUGGCUCCGACUACUCAACGAUUAUUUGUGUGUGUAAAAAAUAUACGGAUGAUUAUUUUUUCGCCGGACCGGAUUGUUCAAUAAAAAUUGCUUACCACUACCAAAAGAUGAAAAACAACGAAGUUAUGAACACCAGUUGGAUCGAAGACUUGUUCAACAUCAACUCGUGGAAAAAUGAAGAAAACAGGGUCGGUAAAAUUUGCAUCAACCCUCGCUGCAGGUAG